AUGGACGUCUAUGAGAAAGCCUCCGCUGUACUGCGCGACUGGGAAGGGGACAAUGAACCAUCUCUUCUUCCCAACCUGGAGUACAGAUUGGACCUCGAAGACACAGCAUGGACCUACUCGCUUCUCAAUUCUUAUGUCAACAAGGGCCAGCUGCCCCCCCAACAGCUACUGUCUACGGAACCUGAACACAAAUCGAAGCGGUACGAUCCAGCUCAAUAUGUGGAGACUCUCCAACCUAGGGGCCUUGAGAGACAAACCAAAGCGAGUGUAGCCAAGUAUGGUCAGGCAAGGGCGCAAGAAGCAAAGCCAGGGCAUAACGUCAAAGAGUAUGCUCCUCGACUUGUUAUGGAGCUCAGGCAUCAGAUGGUGGAGGAGAAAAGAAAGAAGCGAGCUCCGCAAAAGGUGGAUAUUCUUGCGCAAGGGCGGGCUGCUUUGGCGGAGGCCCGUGGUGUGCAGUUGGCACCUCAUAAGUCCACUGUCAGCAGCGGCACUCCUGGUUCUACAAAGCCUGAAAGGAAGGACAACAGAGUUGUUGCGUACCAGAAAAGGAAGCUAGCGGUCCAAGAGGAACAGCAGCGGCUCGAGGCGGAGGUGCAGCGGCUCCGCGAGCAGAUCCGCGCCGAUGCAGAAGCGCACCGGAGGGCCCGGCGGGACGGCGCGCACGCAGUCGAAAACGCUGAUUCCGCCAGCACAGAGCUGGACUCUAGUACGGGCUGCGCAAGCGCUGCGGCUGCGCGGGAUGACGUCAGCGGGAGCCAUGACGUCAGCAGGAGUCGUUCGAGAAGCGCAGCGGCACGAGGGGCUUUAACGGAGAUUCGCAACAGCAACGGGCAGGACAAGCAGGGCCCGCAGCGGCCGCGGUCGGCGGGACGAAUCCCAACGAAGCAACGGGAGGGGAAUCAGGACACAGGGGAGGGGAAUGGAGAAAGCUUUCGGGUUAAGGCUAGUGGACAUGAGCGGAAUGCGGCCGGGAACAGAGCGGAACGGCGCGACAGGGGGUCGAUAAAAAGUAGCGGAAGUCGCGGGUCGAGUAACAUGAAGCUUGAAUUGAGUCCGACAAGGCAGUCCGCUUUUGCUGCCCCGGGUGAGGGGCAGGAUCGUGAAUUGCACAGUGAGGACAGCGAAGGGGACUCUUUGGGUAUGACCAGAGACGAGGGUGGAUCAAUCGGGCAGGCGGCUAGAUUUUCGGCCAUCGAAGAAUCUUCCACGCAGCGAGGGCAGGAAUCUACUCUAGCAGUUCCAGAAAGCGGCGAGGAAGCCGGCAACGCUGCGCCGUCUAUUACGGAGGUCCAAAGCACACCCGCCGAUUCACAUCCAGCUCAGUUGAGCCGCUUCCCAGGCGAGAACUCUUCGGAAGGCACCCGCGGAGCUCCGCCCGAGACUGCGAACGGAUCUGCGGAAGCCACGGAUCCUCUGACUAGAGUUCGUUCCUUGGAGGGCAACGGGGUUUUGCCUGACGAUAGGCAGAUGGACCCUUCAAAUCCGGUCAACCAAUAUACUGCUGAACCCGGCGCGAGUAGAAGCGAUGCGGACGCUCAAGCAAAGGACGAUCCAGCAAGUUCGGCUGUCGGUGAGAGGGCGGAAAGGGAGGCCGGAAGCAUGAAAACAAUGGAAGCGGCGUCCGUUGUCGCUCAGCAGGCGGAAAGCAUGGCGCGCAAGAGGCUUGCUUUGGAGGAGGCGGCUGCUACCGCGCUGGCCGCACAGCAACUAGAGGCGGCGGAGGCCCUCCGCGACAAAGAGCUCAAAACCACUCUGGAGCUGCUGCUCGCGACCAAAGACAAGCGCGCGCUGCGCCUGGCGUGGUCCACGUGGCGAGCCGUGGCCGUGAGUGCGCGCGCGCCCCUGCAAAGAGCAAUGAUCGUCCUACAAUGGCGGCGGAUGACGCUAUUCUGGCGAGCGUGGCGGGAAGAAGUUCAAAAGGGAAAGGACGACAGGGCGAAAGAACUCCUGGAGGCCGAACUGCGGGCCGAAGCGUCGAAGCGGCAGCGAGCGGUCCACCACUGGCGGCUCCGACUGCUGUCGCAGGCCUUCAUCCUCUGGCAGGACUUCGGUAGCAAAGAGCGCCUCAAGAAGGAGGUCCAAGCCCAGCACGCUGCGCGCAGUCACAAGAUGCGCGCGCUCCUCAGUAAGCAGGACGCGCUUCGCCUGUCUCUUCUGUGGAAGGACCGCAAGUACCGGGCGGGGGAGGUCGACGCCCCGGGCACCGUUCCGCCGGAAUUGCGCCCGACAGAAGCGACCGGGGGAAGCGACCGGUGUGAAUACGCCGCCCCGACUGGUUUGCUGCGACCAGGUGUGGUCUCUACCGAGUCAGUGGUGGUGUACCGAGAGGGUUCGGACGCGGGCGAAGGUCCGUUUCCGGUGCACUUGACGGAGUAUGCGGACGUCGUAGAGGGGAACGAGCGGGCUUUUCACACCGGACGGGAUGAGGCGAAGGGAUUAGGUGCGAAAGGGCACGACCGGGCCGGUGCAAACGGGAUGCGGGCGGCGGAAACUGCCCCUGCUGUGCAAACGGGGUUAGUGAGGGGUACAGAAUCGGCUUUGGCUGAGGCUGUAGAAUCCGAAGCUGCGCGAAGCGAUACCCCCAGCUUUGAAAGCUCGCUUAGAGCACCGGCGCGCGCGCGCGUGCGCGCCGAGGACAAGGAGACUUCGGACACUCGGCAGCCCUUCUCUGCCCCUACACCGAGCAAUCGCCACACCGACGAGGACGACAGGAUGGAACUUACCGAGGGGGGGUGGAUUUCUGCCCAGGCCCCUCCGGAAAGUUUAGGGAGAGGUUCGGAUAUCGGCGCACGCGGAGCCGACGCGCGCGACGGGGAUGAUCUUUUGGUGAACGUGAACGGUGAUCCAGUGGAAAAGAUGGAGGAGCGUGCGGCCGCGCGUCGGCGGCGGCGAGAGGAGCUGAAGCGGAAAUACGAAGAGGCGCAGAAGAGAAAAGAGGAGGAGCACGCGGCCGCGGAGCGGCUGCGCCUCGAGGCCGAGCGGCUCGAGCGGGCGGCCGCGCUCGCGCGCAAGGUGGAGGACGCGCGCGCAAAAAAGGAGGCUGAAGAGGCUGCCCUAAAGAGGAAAGAACUGGCGGCUCAGCAAAUGGUGCUGGCUAAACUGCACUGCAAGCGCCAAGUGAUGCUCCGUUUGGGGUGGCGGCCUUGGCGGGAAGUAAUCGUCGUGGCCAGGACACGCUUCCUCUCCUCCGUCGCCCACCAUCAGCGCUCCCUGCAACGCGCCACGUGGCACGCCUGGCGGGCGCACUUGGAGGCGGCGCGCGAUGAGCGCGAGCGCGAAGAGUGCGCGCGAUUAGAGACGGCCCGUGACCACUGGCGUACGCGCACGAGCGCGCGCGCUUUUGCGUGGUGGCGCCUCGUGCGCACAGCGCGCAAGCAGGGCGACCGGAGUAGUAUGGCGCGCGCGGUGCGCUGCCUGCAGGAGGCUGUCGCGGCCGGCCGCGAACGGUGCGAAGCCGCGGCCGCGUGGCGGGCGCGCUCGCUUCAGGCACGCGCCUGGAGGGGCUGGCGCGCGCGCGCGGAGGAGGGGCGCGACGUGCGGCUUCUGAAGGAGGUGGCGGACGCCGCUCUGGCGGACCGCUUCGCGCAUCGGUCCCUCCUGAGCCGCUCGUUUUUCGACUGGAGCGAAGCGGUCGAGGAUGCGAAAGUGGCAACGGAGAAGGAGCGCCAGGAAGAGGCGAUGUGGGCCAAAAUAAACGGCUGGUUAGCGGACCACAGGAAGGGAAAGGAGUCAUCGUCUACUCAAGGAGCCCUAAACUUGGGCGCCGACAAGGAAAGUUAG